CAUGUUCAGCGGAAGUGGUACUGCCCAGAGCAACUGAAGAGUGAGAAGGAGGACGGACACUCCAACCGUAUCUUUCACAGACAAAAGCGGGAGUCAACGCCGUUUAAACUCUGAAAAUGGACAAGAAUGACUUGGUGCAGAAAGCCAAGCUGGCUGAACAGGCAGAGCGCUACGACGAUAUGGCCAACGCCAUGAAGGCGGUGACCGAGGGGGGCUUGGAGCUGUCCAAUGAGGAGCGCAACCUUCUCUCUGUGGCUUACAAGAACGUAGUGGGUGCCCGCCGCUCCUCCUGGCGUGUCAUAUCCAGCAUUGAGCAGAAAUCUGAAGGCAGCGAGAAGAAACAGCAGAUGGCACACGAGUAUCGUGAGAAGAUCGAGAAGGAGCUAGAAGAGAUCUGCAACGAUGUUCUGGUACUCUUGGACAAGUAUCUCAUUGCCAAUGCCUCUCAAGCUGAGAGCAAGGUCUUCUACCUGAAAAUGAAAGGCGAUUAUUAUAGAUACCUGUCUGAAGUGGCAUCUGGAGAGAAAAAGAGCUCCACAGUUACCAACUCUCAGAAGGCCUACCAAGAUGCAUUUGAUAUCAGCAAGAAAGACAUGCAGCCCACGCAUCCUAUCCGGCUUGGACUGGCUCUUAACUUCUCUGUGUUCUACUACGAGAUCCUCAGUUCUCCUGAGAAGGCCUGUAACCUUGCCAAGACGGCCUUUGAUGAAGCCAUUGCUGAGCUUGACACCUUAAAUGAGGAUUCCUACAAAGACAGCACCUUGAUCAUGCAACUACUAAGGGACAAUCUCACCCUAUGGACGUCAGAAAACCAGGGCGAAGAUGUAGAGGCAGGCGAGGGAGAGAACUAGAGGAGCUGCACUGACCUCCAAACACCUGCGCGUGCACACACACUCAUAUUAAUGAAACAAACAAACAAACAAAAAAUACACACAUGGCUUCCACCAACCUUCCCUCCCCACCCCACCCUGCAUCUUUCACCCAUAUCUCCACUUAAGCUCCCAUCCCCCAUAAAUUAAACUCACCCGAAGCAAGACGCACACUGAAGCCCCCCACACAGGCACCAGCGGUGGGGACUGAGGCGGGGGUCUCGCGGGGUGAUUUGCUGAUGUCAGCAGGUCCAGACAAUUUCUUUGUGAAUUUAAUAUGGUAGUACUGAAUAGCAUAAUCCAUAUUUGUUGUACAUUGGGCGUGUGUGUGCGUGCGCGUGCGUGUGUGUGUGCGUGUGUGUGUGUGUGUGUGCGCAUGCGCAUGUGUGUUUUGGAGUCGGGUGAUGAACUCUAAUAGUCCUAAUGAUUCCCAUUUUUUCCAACUUAGCUGGUGGUGCAUUUUCUUUUUCUUUUUUUUUCUCCUUUUGUUACGGACAUUUUUUAGUGUAAUUCAUCAUGGUAUUUGCAGGUUUUAUUGUAUGGUUAUUAAACUGGCAGUUUAUUUUCACCAAA